CAGUAGGGCUACCCCCAUACUAGUGCUAACGGAGUUUUUACAAGCAGAAGUGUGAUACGGAUGUGGGUAACAACAUUUUGAUACAGAGUUCUGGAACUUUGCGCCUUCGUUGGGGAUGCAUAAUAAGGAGGGUUAAUUGGAGAUAUGAACCCAGAAGAGCAGACGGUUACGUGGCUGAUAUCAUUAGGGGUACUUAAUUCACCCAAGAAGAACAUAGCUGACCCAGAGGAAUUUCUGAAAACAUCUCUGAAAGAUGGGGUCGUCCUAUGCAAACUUAUGGAGCGGCUCGUCCCCGGCUCUGUUCCAAAGUACUGUCAGGAUCCGAGAAACGAAGCCGACUGCAUCGUUAAUAUCAAGGAGUUUUUGAGAGGAUGUACAUCCUUGAAAGUAGAGGGAUUUGAACCAGAGUGCCUGUACACUGGGGAGAACUUUAACAAAGUGCUGACCACUCUGCUGGGAGUCAACUUUGCCACCCAAGACUGUGGCACUGAGAGGUCAUGUCCCCAGUCCGGCACAUCCGCUCCUAGUCAGUCCACCUCUUCCCACACACUCUCCUCAACCAAGUCCAAGUCCUUGCGCAGACCAUCCAAACCAGUGGAGAUGUCGGAGAACGGCGGGGGCGGGCUGCUGCUGGUGAAGGCGCGCUUUCAAUUCAAGCAGAAUAACGAGGAUGAGCUGUCCUUCAACAAGGGAGACCUGAUCGGUGUGUCACGCCAGGAGGAGGGCGGCUGGUGGGAGGGCACGCUCAACGGCAAGACGGGCUGGUUCCCCAGCAACUAUGUCCGCGAGGUCAAGCCCUGUGAUAAGCCUGUGUCUCCUAAAGCCACUCAACUUACCAAGAACUACUACAGUGUGGUGGUGCAAGACAUCCAGGAGCAUGAGCGGGAGUUUGUCAAGGAGCUGCAGACAGUCUUGAGCUCUUACCUACGACCUCUACUGGCAAGCGACAAGCUGAGUGUUACAGACAGUGGCAUUCUGGGCGCUAACCUGGAGGAGAUCCUCACCUUCCAGCAGGGCCUGGUUCUGGCUCUGGAGGAGUGUACCAAGGUUCCAGAGAGCCAGCAGCGAGUGGCUGCCUGCUACCUCAACCUGAUUGGUCAGAUCAGGAUGCUGUACCUGUCCUACUGCUCCAGUCACCCUUCAGCUGUCUGCGUACUCACUGACCACAGUGAGGAGCUGGGUACGUUUAUGGAGAGCCAGGGGGCCAGUACGCCAGGCAUCCUGACCCUGACCACCAGCCUGAGUAAACCCUUCAUGAGGCUGGACAAGUACCCCGUCCUGCUGCAGGAGCUGGAGAGACACGUGGAGGAGGCUCACCCGGACUACAGUGACAUCUUGAAGGCAACGGUGGCCUUUAAGAGCUUGGUGACCCAGUGUCAAGACCUGCGGAAGCGUAAGAACCUGGAACUACAGAUCCUGUCAGAGCCAGUGAGAGGCUGGGAGGGAGACGGAAUGAAGUCUCUGGGUCACGUGGCCUACAUGUCCCAGGUGCACAUGCAGAACGGGACCAAUGAGGAGAAAGAGGAGCGCUAUCUCAUGAUGUUUCCCAGUGUUCUCGUCAUGCUGUCUGCUAGUCCGCGGAUGAGCGGCUUCAUAUACCAGGGAAGGCUGCCACUGACGGGCUCCACGGUCUCCAGACAGACAGACGACACAGAGAAUGGCCACUAUGCCUUUGAUAUCACAGGGAGCAUGUUUGAUCGUGUCACAGUGAUCUGCAGUAACCCCCAGGAACUGCAGGACUGGCUGGACCAUCUCAAUACCUACACCAAAGGCGGAAGCCCUGUGGGCACCAUAAUCAGGAACGAGGGGGGGAAACCGCUCAGUAUGGUGGGCACUCCCACUCACCAGUCCCACCUGCCCAUCUUCAUCACCCCCAGCCAGGCCAACCGGGGACCACUGGAACCCCCCAAGACCACCAAACCCUGGUCCCUGAGCUGCCUGCGUCCUGCCCCGCCCCUCAAGCCCUCUGCUGCACUGGGCUACAAGGAGAGAAUGUCUUAUAUAUUGAAGGACUCCGGGAAAAGUCCGAGGCCCAUUAAGAAGUUCCUCCCGAAACGCAAAACGGAACGAAAACCUUCCGACGAUGAGUUCCUCCUGCGGAAAAGUACAGCUGCUCUGGAGGAGGAUGCACAGAUUCUGAAGGUGAUCGAGUCCUACUGCACAGGGGCCAGCCUGCAUCAGAACAACACGGCGGUGAGGAAAGAUUCUGUCCCUCAGGUCCUGCUGCCGGAGGAAGAGAAGAUGAUGGUGGAAGAGAUGAAGAACAACGGUCAGACCAUCAUAGAGGAGAAGAGUCUGGUUGAUGCAGUGUACGCUUUAAAGGAUGAGGUCCAUGAAUUAAAGAAGGAGAGUAAGUGGAUCAAGCAAUGUCUGGAGGAUGAGCAGAAGUCUCGUAAGGAGCUGGAGAGAGUGGUCAGGAAGCUGGCCAAGCAGAAGAACGACUGUGCCUGGGAGGAUGGAGACCACUGAACAACCCCAAACACCUAUCCAUUUACCUAUCCCGCGUGUGUGUGUGUGUGUGUGUGUGUGUGUGUGUGUGAGAGUGUGUGUGAGAGUGUGUGUGAGAGUGUGUGUGAGAGUGUGUGUGAGAGUAAGUGAGCAGUGUGUGACUGUGUGCAGUGUGUCCAUGCUUCCAUCUCUACAACACAGAAGGGUUGGAUUAAUUUAGCUGGACUCUGGUUUGAACAACUCUGUUCUGAUGCUUGGCCUCACAUGCUGAACUAUUCAUUAUCUGUCUUCCUGAUCCAACCCUGUUGGAGGAUUUUCAAGUCAUAACCAUGGGUCUUACUCAAGCACCCGGAAAAGCUAACUGAGACCAAUGGGAGGGGAAUUAACCAGAAUCGAAAAUUCUGAUUGGUUGCAUCCCUUCUGCUGCCACUGUAAUUGGUCAACUCUGAUGGAACCAUUUUGGACAAAGGAUAAAUAACUAGUACUGCAGUGUCACCAGCUGCAUCGCCACUCUGGACUACUGUGUCUACAUUUCAAUAGGAAAUCUAAUGGGUGCGAGAAGCCUUCUUUUCGGUACAAUGGGUGUUUUCUUGCAUGCACUUGUUUCAGCGGGAGAGCGACUCCUUCCACCAUAACUAGGGCUCAUCUGUCCCACUCUACAUCUGUUACAGCAUUGUUUGGCGUUUGUUUGGAUUUGAGGACACCCCCGCAGCCUCGUGGGGGAAGAGAGAAGCUUGCAUCGAGUUUCAGUGAACACAAUUGGCAUUUUGCGAUUGCACAUUCUAGACGUGAGACUCUGCAUCUCCAAGAUAUUUUGUAGGCUUUAGCUUUUCAUUUCAGAUAGGUGAGACCUUUCCAUAGACUAUCAAAACGGUCUUCCAGCUCAUGGAGAGUGGAUUUCAAUACUGUUCCAAGCUGGUAUUAAUUUGAUCGAAAAAGGUCCUUGACUGUGUACCUUACAAUCUGCAUGGGUGUACAGUAUUUCUAAGAUAGUAUUACGCAUUAGACAUGCUAAUCAAUAUAUAGUCCAAAGCUAUCAGGGAUAUAGAUAUUUAUAAACUGGGUGGUCCGAGCCCUGAAGUGCUGAUUGGCUGACAGCCGUGGUAUAUCAGACCGUAUAUCACGGGUAUGAGAGAACAUUUAUUUUUACUGCUCUAAAUACGUUGGUAGUCAGUUUAUAAUAGCAAUAAGGCACAUUUGGGUUAGUGAUAUAUGGCCAAUAUACCACGGCUAAGGGCUGUAUCAAGGCACUCUGCGUUGCGUCGUGCUUAAGAACAGCCAUUAGUCGUGGUAUAUUGGCCAUACACCCCAUCCCCUCGUGCCUUAUUUCUUAAAAGUGUAUUGUGUAUAGAAUACACACAUACUUUCUUACCGAGACGAUAUACAAAUAACAAUUCAAUACAUGUACUAAUAAUUCAUAGCUUUGCUUUAUUCUGGGGUUAAAUAAUAUAUAUUGCUUAUUUAUUUUCCAUCAAAACAUUUGUGUAGAAAAGUGUAUGUAUAUGGUACUGGAAUCCCACUUGGGGCGGUCGUUAUGGGUUUCUGCCUUUUUUUAAACUGGGUUGGAAUUCAAUCCAACCCGCACUGCAGAAACCACCUCUACAGAAUGUUAACCUCUUGAUACUCCCCAUCCGGGAUCGUGAAUAAAGCCUCAGGCUCAUUAGCAUAACGCAACGUUAACGAUUUCUGAAAAUCGCAAAUAAAAUGAAAAUAAUGCGCCUGCUCUCAAGCUUAGCCUUUUCUUAACAACACUGUCAUCUCAGAUUUUCAAAAUAUGCUUUUGAACCAUAGCAAAUCACUAAUUUGUGUAAGAGUAUGCUAAGCUAGCUUAGCAUUUUGAGUAGCAUUUAGCACGCAACAUUUUCACAAAAACCAGAUAACCAAAUAAAUAAAAUCAUUUACCUUUGAAGAGCUUCAGAUGUUUUCAAUGAGGAGACUCUCAGUUACAUAGCAAAUGUUCAGUUUUUCCUGAAAGAAUCUUUGUGUAGGAGAAAUCGCUCCGUUUUGUACAUCACAUUUGGCUACCGAAACGAACCGAAAAUUCAGUCACCAAAACGUCAAACCGAAUUAACUCCAUAAUAUCGACCGAAACAUGGCAAACGUUGUUUAGAAUCAAUCCUCAAGGUGUUUUUUCACAUAUCUCUUCAUUGAUAUGCAGUUUGUGGAAGCCUGCUUUCCCCUCAGAAUCGCAUGGAAAAAUACCAGCAGCUGAAAAAGACGCACCAAUUUCGACGGAGGACACCGGGCGGACACCUGGAAAAUGUAGUCUCUUAUGGUCAAUCUUCCAAUGAUAUGCCUACAAAUACGUCACAAUGCUGCAGACACCUUGGGAAACGACAGAAAGGGCAGGAUCAUUCCUCUCGCAUUCACAGCCAUAUAAGGAGACAAUGGAAAACGGAGCCUCAAAAAUCCUGCUGGUUUCCUGGUUGCCGUUUCAUCUUGGUUUUGCCUGUAGCUCCCGUUCUAGGGCACCCACAGACAAUAUCUUUGCAGUUCUGGAAAAUUCAGUGUUUUCUUUCCAAAGCUAUCAAUUAUAUGCAUAGUCGAGCAUCUUUUUGUGGCAAAAUAUCUUGUUUAAAACGGGAACGUUUUUCAUCCAAAAAUGAAACUGCGCCCCUAGAGUUUCAAGAGGUUAACCUUGUUCUGGUGCUAAGGGGGAAAAGUUUAAGUGGUCUUAUUUAUUGGUCAUUGUCCAUUGGGGAAGACAAAACAACUCAGUUUGAUUUUUAGAAUUUGGUACGACAGGAACAUUCUUAUUGGUAUGUGGUAGGCUAUGUCCCACAUUUUGAGUUUGGUAUAAAUUCCGAGAAAGUGUCAUUACAUUUAACAUCAGUGUUCUGGGCCUGUAUUCACAAAGCAUCAUAGAGUAGGAGUGCUGAUCUAUAAUCAAGCCCCUCCUGUCCAUAUGAUUUUAAUUAUGGUCUAAAAGGGAAUAAAUGAUCCUAGAUCAGUACUUCGAUUCUCAGACACUUUAGGAAUACCGUCCCUCGUCUCAGUCAUUAUUAUGCUUCCUUCCCAUAUUGGAACUAAUCCAGGCAGAGGGAAAGAUGUCCCCACUUUGAUUGUGUUGUUGGAGAGUGUAUAGAGUGAGUCAGUGUGAGUAGUGUAGGAGAAGAAGUGAUCAAGUGCCUCCUGAUCCACUUUACGAGGAGGGAUAAAUUAAGUGACAGGGAUUAAAUGGGUUUUCUGGUAAAUCGCCCAGGUUGGUUCUUAUGUCAUGUUUUCACAUUUCAAUGCGUUUGACGGCACUGGUUGGAUGUUCAUGGGGAGAGGUAAGGGUAUUAUAACAAUUCAGUGUGGAUUCGGGCUUUGGUGCCCUAUGUCAGGGAUUUCCAAACUCCCAAACUCGGUCCUGCCCCCCCCCGGUGCACAUUUAGUUUUUUUUUUACCCGAGCACGACACAGCUAAUUCAAAUAACCAUUUGAUUAUUUGAAUCCGCUGUGUAGUGCUAGGGCAAAAACCGAAACGUGCACCCGGGGGGGAGGGGGGGGGGGGGAGGGGGCCCAGGACCGAGUUUGAGAAUCCCUGCCUUAUGUCAAGGCCUUAGGUGAGAAAUGAUUCAUUGCAGUCACAGCACUUCAUCCCAGGAUUAUAUGUAGUGCAUGCACAGUAACACCUGAUGCCAACCUCCUACUGCACUGCAGAGCAAUAGUAACAGUAAAAAACUUGCAUUAAGUGACUGCUUCAGUUUGACUGUUUUACUUUACAGCAGGGUUUCCCAACUGGCGGUUAUUUUGGCCCCCCAAGUAUUUUUUUAUUUGUUGUUAUUAGAAUUUUUGUUGUUGGACAUAAGACUGUAAAAACAGCAUGAAAUCAGCACCAAUUGAUAAACACUUCAGAUAUCUGUUCCCAAGUAUUCUCACGCAUAAUAGAGACCUGUGAUCGUAUACAAAUGUAAGGUUUUGAAUAAUAUUUGACUAAAACAUAUCUGUUUGGGCUUCUUGCGGUCAACUUGUAGUCUAAACAUUAUUUGUAAGUAAGUUCAGGCCCCCCAACCAGACACUCAAGAAAAAAUAUUAGCCUGUGGCUUUAAAGUGUCACUCUGAAACGGUCAGUUGGGCAAAGUAGACCCAGGAUGUAUGAAGAAAUCAUGUGCAGUGAUGACUCCUCCUUUGCCCCUUAACCAAAAUGGGCCUGUCUCAGCAGUGUGUUCUCUCUAGUCAUGAUGGAUAGCAGCAUACUGGAACACACGGUUGUGUUCAGGUCCCGCUGUCAAUGUCAGCUCAGUUCUGCAUGUUUUGUCACCUGUACAAAUGUCCUUCAGUAUCAUUUAUCAUUUAUCAUUCAUGUUUUAUUGCUAAGAUUAUUAUUAUUAUUACAUCAAUAUUUGUAUUGAAUAGUUUUCAUACAGUGUUUUAUAAUGUUUAAUGCCUGAAAGCCUAAGUGAGCACUUGGAGAGAUAUAACCUAUCCCAUCCUUGUCAUCGAGACUUGUCAGACUGCUCCACGUGUAUCGUUUAAAAAAAGUUAUUCUAUGCAAAAGUAUGACUGUUAGAAGUAUUGUAAGUCUUUUUUUUGUAGCGGCUGCAUACUUUUAUGUUAUGCUUUCAGUAUGCUCAUUAUUUGAAUAAAAAUGUAACGCAAACCAUA